CUGAGGGCUUAGGAGGAGGCAAGUAAGCUCUCCAAGAAAACUGAAGCGCACACAUCUGAAGUGGCUAAACUGCAGACAUCCAUCUUGUAGAACAGUGAGACGGCGCCUGAGUCUGCAGAAACGGGCAUGGACGAAAUGGAUAGCUUUCUCAACCCCAACUACACUGACUUCUCUGACGUCAACUACACGGACGAUUACUGGGAAAAGAUCGAAAUUAACACCGACGCCGCCUUUGCGAUCGGCACCAACCACAUCGUCGCCCUGGUCUGCUACUCGCUGGUCCUGCUGGUGGGCGCCCCCGGUAACGCCCUGGUGGUCUACGUCACGGCGUUCCGCAUGCCGCGCUCCGUCAACGCCCUCUGGUUCCUCAACCUGGCCCUGGCCGACCUGCUGUGCUGCCUGUCGCUGCCCCUGCUCAUGGUGCCCCUGUCCCAGGACCAGCACUGGUCCAUGGGGCCGCUGGCCUGCAAGCUGGUGCACGGCAUGCUGUACCUGGUCAUGUACUGCAGCGUGCUGCUCCUGGUGCUCAUCAGCGUGGACCGCUGGCUACUGGUCAGCUGGCCCGUCUGGUGCCAGAACUGGCGCCGGCCCCGCUACGCCUCCUGGGUGUGUGCGGGCGUGUGGCUGCUGGCCCUGCUGGGCACGGCGCCGCAGUUUGCCAUCCUGGAGGCCAAGGUCCUGACGAAGGUGAAGACGCAGUGCCAGCCCGUCCUGCGCGGCCUGUCCGAAGCCUGGGCCAUGGUCAUCUACAACUUCCUGGCCGGGUUCCUGUUCCCGUUCCUGGUGAUCGUGGCGAGCCACUUGCGGGUGUACCAGCGGGCGGCCGGCGGCGGCGGCAGCAGCAGACGAGGGGGCCGGGACAAGUCGGCGCGAGCCGUGCGCGUCAUCGUGGCUGUCGUCCUGACGUUUUUCGUGUGCUGGGCACCGCUGCACGCCAUGGACAUCGCCCACCUUGCCAUUCCUGCCCCAGACCAUCGCUUCAACCUGGCCCACGUGCUGGCGCUGUGUCUGGCCUACGUCAACAGCUGCCUGAACCCCAUCAUCUACGUCUGCAUGGGCCGUGGCUUCAAGGAGGGCCUCACGCGCACCCUGCGCAGUGUGCUGCACUUUGCCUCCGAGGCGCCCACGCAGUCCAUGACCGUCACGCAGGGCUCCAAGAGCACCUCGGAAAACACCACGGAACGCUGUGUGUGAUUGGUCGUGUUAACUCACUCAGACAGUUGAAUUUAACAUUCAUUUGUGCUAUGCCUCUUUUCCACUGUCGUUUUUCUGGUAGGCCUACAGCUUGACUUGGCCGCCACUUUUUGCUUUUCAAAUAGGCAUGAUACAGGUCAAUCGUAAAGCAAAAAGUUGCGGCCUAGUCGCCGUGUGUUUCGAGCUGUAGGCCUAACAGACAAAACGGCAGUGGAAGAGAGGCAUUAGUUCUUCUCUGUGAGUGUUGAAUUAACACUGCACAAUUUACUGUGUUUAUUUGGUGUGUCUUAGAUGGCUUUGUUCCCUACACUUUGCACACACACAUAAAUGGACAUACUAACUGCUGUGACGACCUAAGGUUGUCACACCGGCAGUACCUUUUAUCCGCACAAUUGUGUACCUCCCAUGUUGGGAUUGUAAAAA